AACGACAAAACGUGGAAAAACGUGCACCAGCUUACCUGGUUGAGCACAUUUGCCGUAUAAUUUCGUAAAAUAUUGUAACAAAUUAAGCAGUUUUCGUUAUUUAACAACACGAACUGUACUAUAGAUAGUUUUUGAUAUUGGAAAACUCUUGAAACUUGCAAAUAUCGUUAUAAUUCGUGCUUUUGGUGCUGCGCAUUUACUUCUGCUUCCUCUUAAAUACUAACCUUGAGCAGAUUUGCAGCCACCGCAUCUGGUAGUAUGAAGCAAUGUCCGUCUCUGGUGCAAAACGUAGAUUGUCGUCCAUUCUGAAGCCCUACCCAAAUGGGGAUGGAUCAAAACUGAAUACAAGCGCGUCGCAGAACAAAGUUCGCUUCGAGGAUCUAUCAGUCGAAGCGGUACUUCAGGAUGCAUUGGAUACCAAUCGAUUGCAGCGAUUCGAACAACUGCUGGCGACCGUCAAGGAGGAGCAGUUUGACGACGGCAAGUUUCAGCAGAUUUUCGUCGAAUCGAAGCGAUGUGUCCAUCUGUUGAAUGCAAAUUUUGGCAUGUUGGUGGAAGCGUUAGUGUCGGUUAAUUGGUUAACCCGCAAUGAAUUGGCUCGUGAGAUCUAUAAGGAAUUUGUGAUAGAGCUGCUAGUGGCACACAGUAAUUACACAUCUUUAGUGGUGUCCAAACUGGUGCAGGGUUUUAUUCCGAAAGAUGAGGACCGCAGCGGGUUGGAAUAUGGCAGUCCAACGGAGGUAACGGUGCGAUUCUUUGAACCGAUUCAUGAUUUGAUCGUGAGACUGAAAAAUGUGAUACCAAUGAUAUUCGAUGUUAUUCUAGUUCACCUGAGGAAACAAUAUCCCUACUUUAAAAAACCCACUCACGUGGUGUGUGGGUACUUGCAUAACAUGCUGUUCAUGACUGAUUACUCGCCUAUGUUUGUCGAAGAAUUGUUGGAAAUUAUUUUCAAUCGCUUCCUGGUGAUAGACGUGAAUGCUCCCAGGAACGAAAUCGAAGAAGCUGAGUUUCCAGAGGAUGAUGAGCAGGUUUUUUCUAUGGAAGAAGAUUUAGUUGCUGGGCAAGAUGCAGAAGAGGAAAUGGUUAUGAAACUUCCUCUAGCUGAAACAUUAGAUUGUUGCAUGGAAAGAAUGAUGGGUUUUAUUGAACAGCGCGCUUCUUCGGAUAACAAUAGUGAAGCGGAUCAGAUGUUCAGAAUACUACUAAGGCUAUUCGAUAACCACAUCUUGCCUACGCACAACACACACCACGUGCAGUUUCUGAUAUUCUAUGUUUGCAGUUUCAAGCAGUCCUAUGUUGAGUACUUUAUAACGUACUUGUGGAAGCACGUGUGCAAUCCUAACGUAUCCACCCCGAUGCGACAGGCAUCGGUUGGGUAUAUUGCUAGCAUGCUGGCUCGUGCCAAAUUUGUUUCUUUAAGUUUACUUAAAUCCACCCUCCACGAAUUCUCCAACUGGGUUCACCAUUACAUCCAGCAAAUCGAUUCUAUGCUAAGCUCCGCCCUUAAAGCCCAUAUGGUUUUCUAUUCGGUCUGCCAAGCCAUCUUUUAUGUGAUAGCAUUCCGCAGUAGGCAACUAACCGUCAGCUCUAAAAACCUUACCUUCCUGCAGUCACUGCAGCUUUCGUCAAUCGUUACUUGUCACCUAAAUCCACUCAGAGUGUGUUUACCGGCAGUGGCUACGGCAUUCGCGGGUGUCACAAGAGCGCACCAGUUAGCAUACUGCCAUACGAUUCUAGAACGGAACGCUCGACGCAAAUUGGCAACGGUUUACAAAAAUGAUUCGCAAACACCGGAGGAAUGUUUGGAUACGUUCUUUCCGUUCGACCCGUACAUGCUGAAAAAGUCGAGCAAACGUAUUGAUCCAAUUUAUCUACAAUACCAAGCCAGUGAUGCCGAGGAGACUCAUGCGAUUCAGUCGCCGGAGGGGCGUAGUCGCAAGCGGUACGAGUCCAUGGCCGAAGAUGUCGAUGAUUUCCUGCAGGAAAGCAAGCGUCCUAGAAAUGAUUGUGGUGCAGCUUCCGAACUGGGCGAAAUGCAUUUCACUUACUCCUACGGAGUAUCACCUGGUUUUCAUAGUUAAAUUCAAAAAGCGAAUGAUUAGGAUAUUCACAGUAUAGGUACUCAUCCGUUAGAUGUCUUUUAUGUUUAAUAGUGGCCGCAUCAAAAUAUUUAUGCAAUAAACUAGAUUCUACCAAUUCAUAAA